GAGCAAAGCGGUCCCGGACCCACGGCGGCCACGCGGCGGGGACCCCCGGGCGCUCUAGGUCCGUCCCGAUCGGUUCUCGUGCGCCUCGAAGGUACUGGUGACCCCGGCCGGGGCAGGCCCCGGGACUCGACAACAUGGCUUCCCCGCCCCACCAGCAGCUGCUGCAUCACCACAGCACCGAGGUGAGCUGCGACUCCAGCGGGGACAGCAACAGCGUGCGCGUCAAGAUCAACCCCAAGCAGCUGUCCUCCAACAGCCACCCCAAGCACUGCAAAUACAGCAUCUCCUCUAGCUGCAGCAGCUCUGGGGACUCCGGGGGCGUCCCCCGGCGAGUGGGCGGCGGAGGCCGGCUGCGCAGGCAGAAGAAGCUGCCCCAGCUGUUCGAGAGGGCCUCCAGCCGCUGGUGGGACCCCAAGUUCGACUCGGUGAACCUGGAGGAGGCCUGCCUGGAGCGCUGCUUCCCGCAGACCCAGCGCCGGUUCCGGUAUGCGCUCUUCUACAUCGGCUUCGCCUGCCUUCUGUGGAGCAUCUAUUUUGCGGUCCACAUGAGAUCCAGACUGAUCGUCAUGGUCGCCCCCGCGCUGUGCUUCCUCCUGGUGUGUGUGGGCUUCUUUCUGUUUACCUUCACCAAGCUGUACGCCCGGCAUUACGCGUGGACCUCGCUGGCUCUCACCCUGCUGGUGUUCGCCCUGACCCUGGCUGCGCAGUUCCAGGUCUUGACGCCUGUCUCAGGACGCGGCGACAGCUCCAACCUUACGGCCACAGCCUGGCCCACAGAUACUUGCUUAUCUCAAGUGGGGAGCUUCUCCAUGUGCAUCGAAGUGCUCUUUUUGCUCUAUACCGUCAUGCACUUACCUUUGUACCUGAGCUUGUGUCUGGGGGUGGCCUACUCUGUCCUUUUCGAGACCUUUGGCUACCAUUUCCGGGAUGAAGCCUGCUUCCCCUCGCCCGGAGCCGGGGCCCUGCACUGGGAGCUGCUGAGCAGGGCGCUGCUCCACGGCUGCAUCCACGCCAUCGGGGUCCACCUGUUCGUCAUGUCCCAGGUGAGGUCCAGGAGCACCUUCCUCAAGGUAGGGCAAUCCAUUAUGCACGGGAAGGACCUGGAAGUGGAAAAAGCCCUCAAAGAGAGGAUGAUUCAUUCCGUGAUGCCAAGAAUCAUAGCCGAUGACUUAAUGAAGCAGGGAGAUGAGGAGAGUGAGAAUUCUGUCAAGAGGCAUGCCACCUCUAGCCCCAAGAACAGGAAGAAAAAGUCUUCCAUCCAGAAAGCUCCUAUAGCCUUCCGCCCUUUUAAGAUGCAGCAGAUCGAAGAAGUCAGUAUUUUAUUUGCAGAUAUCGUGGGCUUCACCAAGAUGAGUGCCAACAAGUCCGCCCACGCCCUGGUGGGUCUCCUGAACGAUCUGUUCGGUCGCUUCGACCGCCUGUGUGAGGAGACCAAGUGUGAGAAAAUCAGCACUCUGGGAGACUGUUACUACUGCGUGGCGGGCUGUCCCGAGCCCCGGGCCGACCAUGCCUACUGCUGCAUCGAGAUGGGCCUGGGCAUGAUCAAGGCCAUCGAGCAGUUCUGCCAGGAGAAGAAGGAGAUGGUGAACAUGAGAGUCGGGGUGCACACGGGCACCGUCCUUUGCGGCAUCCUGGGCAUGAGGAGGUUUAAAUUUGACGUGUGGUCCAACGAUGUGAACCUGGCCAAUCUCAUGGAGCAGCUGGGAGUGGCCGGCAAAGUUCACAUUUCUGAGGCCACCGCAAAAUACUUAGAUGACCGGUACGAAAUGGAAGAUGGGAAAGUUAUUGAACGGCUGGGCCAGAGCGUGGUUGCUGACCAGUUGAAAGGUUUGAAGACAUACCUGAUAUCGGGUCAGAGAGCCAAGGAGUCUCGCUGCAGCUGUGCAGAGGCCUUGCUUUCUGGCUUUGAGGUCAUUGACGGCUCACAGGUGUCCUCAGGCCCUAGGGGACAGGGGACAGCGUCAUCAGGGAAUGUCAGUGACUUGGCGCAGACUGUCAAAACCUUUGAUAACCUUAAGACCUGCCCUUCGUGCGGAAUCACAUUUGCUCCCAAAUCUGAAGCCGGCGCCGAGGGAGGAGCACCUCAAAACGGCUGCCAAGACGAGCAUAAAAACAGCACCAAGGUAACAAGCUCAUGGCUGUUGUUCCUGUCAGUUCCUCUCCUGGCGCAUCCACCCAAGGCUUCUGGAGGACCUAAUCCCAAAACUCAGAACGGGCUCCUGAGCCCUCCCCAAGAGGAGAAGCUCACCAACAGUCAGACUUCUCUGUGUGAGAUCUUGCAGGAGAAGGGAAGGUGGGCAGGGGUGAGCCUGGACCAGUCGGCUCUCCUUCCGCUGAGGUUCAAGAACAUCCGGGAGAAAACGGACGCCCACUUUGUGGACGUUAUCAAAGAAGACAGCCUGAUGAAAGAUUACUUUUUUAAGCCGCCCAUUAAUCAGUUCAGCCUGAACUUCCUGGAUCAGGGGCUGGAGCGAUCCUACAGGACCAGCUAUCAGGAAGAGGUCAUAAAGAACUCCCCCGUGAAGACGUUUGCUAGUCCCACCUUCAGCUCCCUCCUGGAUGUGUUUCUGUCGACCACAGUGUUUCUGACGCUGUCCACCACCUGCUUCCUGAAGUACGAGGCAGCCACCGUGCCUCCCCCGCCCGCCGCCCUGGCGGUCUUCAGUGCAGCCCUGCUGCUGGAGGUGCUGUCCCUCGCGGUGUCCAUCAGGAUGGUGUUCUUCCUGGAGGACGUCAUGGCCUGCACCAAGCGCCUGCUGGAGUGGAUCGCCGGCUGGCUACCACGUCACUGCAUCGGGGCCAUCCUGGUGUCGCUCCCCGCACUGGCCGUCUACUCCCAUGUUACCUCUGAAUAUGAGACCAACAUACACUUCCCAGUGUUCACAGGCUCGGCCGCGCUGAUUGCCGUCGUGCACUACUGUAACUUCUGCCAGCUCAGCUCCUGGAUGAGGUCCUCCCUUGCCACCGUUGUGGGGGCCGGGCCGCUGCUUCUGCUCUACGUCUCCCUGUGCCCAGACAGUUCUGUAUUAACUUCGCCCCUUGACGCAGUACAGAAUUUCAGUUCCGAGAGGAACCCGUGCAAUAGCUCGGUGCCGCGUGACCUCCGGCGGCCGGCCAGCCUCAUCGGCCAGGAGGUGGUUCUCGUCUUCUUUCUCCUGCUCUUGUUGGUCUGGUUCCUGAAUCGCGAAUUUGAAGUCAGCUACCGCCUCCACUACCACGGAGACGUGGAAGCGGAUCUUCACCGCACCAAGAUCCAGAGCAUGCGGGACCAGGCAGACUGGCUGCUGAGGAACAUCAUCCCCUACCACGUGGCUGAGCAGCUGAAGGUGUCCCAGACCUACUCCAAGAACCACGACAGCGGAGGGGUGAUCUUCGCCAGCAUCGUCAACUUCAGCGAGUUCUACGAGGAGAACUACGAGGGCGGCAAGGAGUGCUACCGGGUCCUCAACGAGCUCAUCGGGGACUUUGACGAGCUCCUAAGCAAGCCGGACUACAGCAGCAUCGAGAAGAUCAAGACCAUCGGAGCCACGUACAUGGCGGCGUCAGGGCUGAACACCGCGCAGGCCCAGGACGGCAGCCACCCGCAGGAGCACCUGCAGAUCCUGUUCGAGUUUGCCAAGGAGAUGAUGCGCGUGGUGGACGACUUCAACAACAACAUGCUGUGGUUCAACUUCAAGCUCCGCGUCGGCUUCAACCAUGGGCCCCUCACGGCCGGGGUCAUCGGCACCACCAAGCUGCUGUAUGACAUCUGGGGAGACACCGUCAACAUCGCCAGCAGGAUGGACACCACUGGCGUGGAGUGCCGCAUCCAGGUGAGCGAAGAGAGCUACCGCGUCUUGAGCAAGAUGGGCUAUGACUUCGACUACAGAGGGACCGUGAAUGUCAAGGGGAAAGGCCAGAUGAAGACCUACCUGUACCCAAAGUGCACGGAUCACGGGGUCAUCCCACAGCACCAGCUGUCCAUCUCCCCAGACAUCCGCGUCCAGGUGGAUGGCAGCAUCGGACGGUCUCCCACAGACGAGAUUGCCAACCUGGUGCCUUCUGUCCAGUAUGUGGACAAGACAUCUCUGGGUUCUGACAGCAGCACGCAGGCCAAGGAUGCCCACCUGUCCCCCAAGAGACCGUGGAAGGAGCCCGUCAAAGCCGAAGAAAGGGGUCAAUUUGGCAAAGCCAUAGAGAAAUACGACUGUGAUGAAACAGGAAUAGAAGAAGCCAACGAACUCACCAAGCUCAACGUUUCAAAGAGUGUGUGAGGCGGCGCCCACCCGCUGCCCGAGGUGCUCUGUUUGUCGAAACACAAUAAUAUUUGUAUUUGGCUGUUGUGCUUUCCAAGUGCCACAGUUGCCCUCCCUGGACGUGGUGUUAUGUGGUCAUUUCAGCCCUAACUUCUGUGUGGAUCACAGUUAUUCAGGGUUCGUUUUCAUCCAUUCUUCCCUUUCGCUCCCUUCCCUGGAAACCCCGCUGCCUCUGGGUCAUCCGUUCAGCACGUGGUGGAGAACAAGUGCCUUCAGGGCUGGCCUCGGCCUCGAGUCUCGGGACAGAGGCCGCCAGUGGAGAUCAUGGCUUUGGGUAUUAUUUGACUUUUAGAACAAAAGCUGUGGUUAAGAUCUCAUUUUUAUUGCUUUUUCCCACGUCCCACGAGACACUAUUUUCGGUUUUCUGGCUAAUACCCUGUUUUUGAGCUUAUUUUGUUUCUGUCUAUGUCACAAUGUUCCCCUGCGACCCGACCUCUCUAUGUAAGCACACAUGCGCACACACACUUGCAUUCAUGAAUCUGAUAUAAAGUGCCAGUAAUCCACCAAGAGGGGGUGCGAAGGGGGCAUGUCACAACAGCUCCGCCACCCCCCAUUGCCCACCCGCACUUUCCCGAGCACCACGCCCCGUGGUCUGUGGGUGAGCCGCGCUCCCUGCACUGAGCGGGUUUAGGGGCUCCCCCACAUGCAUGCAGGCCAAGACAGCAAAUGCCAGCCGGGCACGACGCCCGUGUGCCCAGGCCUCGGGGGUCUCAGAGCCGCCUCUCACCCCCGACCCUCCACCCAGGGGUCUUCCCGUCGGGAGUGGAGGCGUUGGUCCUGGAAGCUGACUCAUCGGAGAGGGAAACACCAAAUAAACAUCCGAGGUUGCGUUUAUUUAUUUAUUUAUUUACCCGGAAGCAUGUGCGCUCCCGGGAGGGGUGCUGGGUCCUCAGGGUGGGGGGACAUAGCCACAGGGGAGGGCAGUUCCCAGGAAGGUAACCAGAUGUCUCUUUUGUGUUUUGGCCACCUGGGGCCGCCCCCAACCUCCCCACCCCAAGAGGGGUCUGAGUGGGACCUCAAAGCAUGGCCAGUGCAAUUCUGAGGCUAGGGGAAUAGAAGAAGCCCACCAGCUGCCCCUGCCACCCACGGGGGCUCCUCCCUGCCGGGGUCCAGCUCAGAACCACGGGGGUCUGGGCCGGCAGCACCGGUGCCAUCUUGGCUUCCACAAAUUCGAGAAGUUUCUUGGCUGCCUCCCGCUCUCAGAUGGCACAGGGCCUAUCUGUGGCAGGAUUUAAUCUGGGGAGCAAAUUCCAGCUCUGAGAUGGAGUUCUCACACCGUAUCUAGGGACAGAGGCAUCUGGAUGCAAACGCGGGAUUUGUCAGGGGCAGAAUCCCGAGGGUGGUAUGGGAGACCCAGGGGAGCUCCCUCCGGGCAGUUGGCUGCUGGUCCUGUCUGAUUAUGUUUUGCCAUAUUGAGUCUGAAGAUUGUGUGGAAGUGAACUCGCCCGAGUUGUCCGGUCGGAGUUGUAGCCACUCUUUCAGGGGACCCCGGGACGCCGAUGAGGCCCAGGGUGCACUCCUUGUCAGUCUUGCCCGAUGUCCCUGUGCGUUUUGCUUUCCGCUGUCAAAUCUCACUGUCUCGUUCUCACACCGCAUCAAGUCCCCAUCAUCACUCCUCCUCCCCAAAGACAUACAGAUUGCCCUCCCCAGCAUGAAGAAGUCACAAUUCUGACCCGCCACCUCUCCGGGGGCGGUGCCUGGGAUGGCCACCCAUCAGGACAGCCAGGGCCGGGGUCCCGGCGUCCUGAGGGUCCAGGGCACCUCCCCCCAUUAGCUGUAAGGUUUCCCGUCAGGUGUGACUGUCAGUUUGCUGGUCUUCCAAUACCGAAGAAAGGGUGGUUGUGACAAUACCUCUUGCUUCUAAAGAAUGUAUUAUAAAACACCGCAGAUUUUUUUUUCCUUAAAAAACACUACCUGAUGCUUUCCUUGUUCGUGGGGAUUGUGGUCACAUGAAGCUCUUUCUGCAUCAGUAUUAAGGUGUAUAUUUGAAUGUCCUCCCCUCCCCUUUCCCCUCCAGGCUGUGUAGCUUUGAGGGGCUGGGCGUUUGCUCACGUCCUUGCUGUCUCGCUCAGAACAUGCUCCGCAAAGUUCUCCGCACACACUUCUUCCCCAUCAAGCCCGUUUCCUUCCCCAACCACAAAGGUGUUUGUGAUUCCUCACCCCGGGAAACCAAGGAGCUGCAAAGUGGAGUCUGGUUCAUUCCCGUGAAGACUCACCCAGAGCUUAACGUUGUCUUUCAAACACCCUGAGCCUUCCUAAACAGCCAGUGCAGACAUUCUCUCUGGGCCACGAAGCCCCUCGGGUCCUCCCCAUCCCCUGCUCCGACGCAUACCUCAGUGCAGAACCACAGAAUCUCUGCAGCAGAAACGCCGUGCAUCUCUUGUCUGUUGGCAGCGAGCACAUCGUGCUGGAGACACGAGUUUCUAAGCAGCUGGCACGAGGGCUGCUGACGGCAUGGGUCGUGCUUCAGGGUGGCAAUACCUCUUAGGAACUUAGGGCAGGAAGCAAUACUUCAGCAUUGAAUGUGUGUAAAUAGUUGCUUUGAGUUGCAAUUGCUAUUUUCUUCUCAGUCCCAGCUCAGAUCGAAUUAUAUAUCCAUAUAUAUAUAUAUAUAUAUAUAUAUAUAUAUAUAUACCAUAUAUAUAUGGUAAACAAGCACACACAAUUUUAUCCAAUGCAAACAAAUGUAGAGCAUCAGUUACAAAAUCCUCGAAUAGCUUGAGAGCCCCACAGGCUCUGCCACACCCGUGACUUCAUCCACACUGACGUCACCCGCAGGGGCUCCCCCUGCACAUUUGCACACGAUCCGGAGAGCCGAAGGCCGCGUGCUUCCUGUCACAUGGGCUGUAAUCAUUUGUAGUUUCCAAAGACACGUCUGCAUUUGAAUUUCUAGAUUUUCGAGGUAAGGAGUUUUUUUUAAUUGGUUGUUUGGAAAAUCACAUCAUGCCUAGAAUCUGAAAUUGAAUUAGCAAGAACCGACUGUUUGCAUUUUCCAUAUUUCCUUUUAUCUGCUCUUUUUAAAUUGUUAAUUCUAAUAAUUUCAAAAUGCAUUCACUGAAGAAAUGGACAUUAAAAUAUUCUAAAAUUUAAAUAUAUGA